GUCACUUCCUGCCGUCAGACAGCCAGUUCGGGCCAGUUCACACUACUGCUGUAGUACUCAGUCUGUCUGAGCUGUCAACACACAGCCUCCACUCUGCCUGUUGCGACAUUUUUCUAUUACACUUAGUCCAUUUUUCUCUUCAACGACGUUUUCCUUCAGAUAACAGCUCCUCUCGUCUCACUAUGACAAGGAGGUGAUCUUCAGAGGUGGUUCUGGGGUUCCAGGUUGGUUUGGUGAGAGAGCAAGCUAACUGCGGGGAACAGGACCGCCUGGGGCAUCGUGUCCCUGGCUCUCAAGUGACUAAGGGAGGGGCUUGGCAUACUGUUCUGCAGCAUGGAGAAGGAAGAUCUGAAGGUCCUCAACAAAGGGGAAGAGGAGGAGAUGGAGCUGCAGGGCUACCGUUUGUGUCGUUGGCGGCUGGCCCUUGUGGGCAUCGGGGUGCUGUGUACAGGGGGCUUCCUCCUCCUGCUGCUCUACUGGAUGCCAGAGUGGUGCGUCAAAUCCACCUGCAACCGUACCACAGCCCGUGAUGCCGAAGUGGUAUUGCUGCGCUCCACAGACGAGUUCCGGCGCUGGUUCCUGGCCAGGGUGCGAGUGAUGCUGGCCCCAGGGAGUAAUCCCUUCCACAGCCUGGAGACCCAGACCACCUCCCCUUCCUCCCUUUCUCUGGCCAACGGACAUACCCCCCACCCCUCUGAUGGCGGCCACGCUCAGGAGCUCAUCAGAAGAUAUGCCGACUACCAGCCCACACAGAUUCGCUAUUUUACCUUCCAUAGCACAAAGUAUUAUUGGAACGAUGGGUUGCAGAACUUUGACGUUUUUACCGGCCUGGAUGAUCUGCAGGUCAGCUGCUCCACCCUCCACUCAGAGCACAGUGCAGGCCUGACCAGGAACCAGCAGGAGUACAGGAGACUGUUCUUCGGAGUGAAUGAAAUUGCAGUGAAAGUGCCUUCUGUUUUCAAGCUGCUUAUCAAAGAGGUACUCAACCCUUUCUACAUCUUCCAGCUCUUCAGCGUGAUCCUGUGGAGUGCCGAUGAGUAUUACUAUUAUGCUGUGGCCAUUCUUUUCAUGUCGGUCAUAUCCAUAGCUACCUCUCUGUACACCAUCAAAAAGCAAUACGUCAUGCUUCACGAUAUGGUGGCAACUCACAGUGUUGUCCGUGUGUCUGUAUGCCGAGCCAGCAAUGAAAUUGAAGAGAUUUUGUCUACUGAUCUGGUGCCGGGUGAUGUGAUGGUCAUCCCCAGCAAUGGGACCAUCAUGCCAUGUGACGCCGUGCUGGUCAGCGGCACCUGCAUCGUCAAUGAAAGCAUGCUCACAGGUGAGAGUGUUCCUGUGACAAAGACCAACCUCCCAAACCCCUUGCCUGGGGAGAGUGGGGAGGAGACUGACAGUGCCUAUAACACAGAGGAGCAUAAGAGACACACACUCUUCUGUGGCACCCACGUCAUCCAGACCCGCUUCUACACAGGCGAACUGGUCAAGGCUGUGGUGGUCCGCACAGGUUUCAGCACAGCCAAAGGCCAGCUGGUGCGCUCCAUACUUUACCCAAAACCUACCGACUUCAAGCUGUACCGUGAUGCCUACCUCUUCCUGUUGUGUCUGGUGGCUGUGGCUGGAAUUGGCUUUGUCUACUCCAUCGUCCUCAGCAUCCUGAACAAGGUGCCAGCUAAGACCAUCAUCAUAGAGUCCCUGGACAUCAUCACCAUCACUGUGCCACCAGCGCUGCCAGCCGCCAUGACAGCUGGCAUUGUGUAUGCCCAGCGACGCCUCAAACACCUUGGCAUUUUCUGCAUCAGCCCACAGAGGAUCAAUAUCUGCGGACAAAUCAACCUGGUUUGCUUUGACAAAACUGGAACUCUGACAGAAGAUGGGUUAGACCUGUGGGGAGUCCAGAGGGUUGAGAAUGGCAGUUUCCACCUGUCAGAGGAAAAUGCAUACAAGGAAAAUCUCGUCAAGUCCCAGUUCGUGGCUUGUAUGGCCACCUGCCACACUCUUACUAAAAUAGAGGGCCAGCUGUCUGGAGACCCGCUGGACCUCAAAAUGUUUGAGGCUACAGGCUGGAUCCUGGAGGAGGCCACUGAGGAGGAAACAUCUCUUCACAACCGUAUCAUGCCCACUGUGGUUCGACCCCCAAAACAGCUGUUGCCCCCAGAGCCUGCCGUAUCACCAGAGCAGGACAUGGAACUGUAUGAGCUCUCGUCCGCGUAUGAGAUAGGUAUUGUGCGCCAGUUUCCCUUUUCCUCAGCACUCCAGAGGAUGUGUGUGGUGGCUCGUCUGCUGGGGGAGAAACGUAUGGAUGCCUACAUGAAGGGGGCGCCAGAGGUGGUGGCUAGUCUCUGCAAGAAAGAGACAGUGCCAGAAAACUUUGCAGAGAUUUUGGAGGGCUACACCAAGCAGGGUUUCAGGGUCAUUGCUCUGGCUCAUCGUCGACUUGAAUCCAAACUCACCUGGCACAAAGUCCAGAACAUCAACAGGGAUCACAUAGAGGCAAACAUGGAGUUCUUGGGUCUGAUCAUCAUGCAAAACAAGCUGAAGGCAGAAACCCCAGCGGUGCUGCAGGACCUCCACCAAGCCAGCAUCCGCACUGUCAUGGUUACUGGUGACAACAUGCUGACCGCCAUCUCUGUGGCCCGGGACUGUGGAAUGAUUCCUCCCAAAGACACAGUCAUCAUUGCUGAUGCCCUCCCUCCCCAUGAUGGACAAGCUGCUAAGAUCACCUGGAGAUACGCCGAGAAGCCGAGCAAGACCUCUCACCUGGAGGAAGUGAACAUCAGUCUGGAGGAAGUGUGCCACGUAGAUGAGCCCAAAACACAAGAGCUGUACCACUUUGCUAUGAACGGAAAAUCGUUUGCUGUCAUCUCCGAGCAUUUCCCUGACAUGCUUCAAAAGCUGGUGCUGCAUGGGACAGUGUUUGCCAGAAUGGCCCCAGACCAGAAAACCCAGCUCAUUGAGGCGCUGCAGGGCGUAGACUACUUUGUGGGGAUGUGUGGAGACGGAGCAAACGACUGUGGGGCUCUAAAGAGGGCUCAUGGGGGCAUCUCUCUGUCAGAGCUCGAGGCCUCAGUAGCCUCUCCCUUCACCUCCAGGACCCCCAACAUCUCCUGUGUCCCCAACCUCAUCAGGGAGGGGCGUGCUGCUCUCAUCACCUCCUUCUGUGUGUUCAAGUUCAUGGCCCUCUACAGCAUCAUCCAGUACAUCAGUGUCACUCUCCUUUACUCUAUCCUCAGUAACCUUGGAGACUUCCAGUUCCUCUUCAUCGAUAUUGCCAUCAUCCUCCUCAUUGUCUUUACUAUGAGUCUGAAUCCAGCGUGGAAAGAACUGGUGUCACGUCGUCCCCCAUCAGGUCUGAUCUCAGGGCCGCUGCUGUUCUCUGUGCUAACCCAGAUCCUCAUCUGCUUGGGCUUCCAGACCAUCACGUUCCUUUGGGUCCGACAGCAGUCCUGGUACACAGUUUGGACACCACUUACAGAUGCCUGCGUCCUGUCAUCACAUGUUAAUGUGUCUGACCACAACGACACAGAAGUGGACGACCACAACAUCCAAAACUACGAAAACACCAGCCUCUUUUAUGUCUCCUCCUUCCAGUAUCUUGUUGUUGCCGUCGUUUUCUCAAAGGGCAAACCCUUCAGGCAGCCUAGCUACAAGAAUUGGCCUUUUGUGCUGUCUGCCCUGAGUUUGUAUGUUUUUCUGCUUUUCCUCCUGUUCCAUCCUGUCAAAAGUAUUGACACGUUUUUAGAGAUUGUUUGUGUUCCAUUUGAAUGGAGGGUAAAACUCUUCCUCAUCAUCUUAGUCAAUGCUGCUGCUUCUGUUUUGGUGGAGACCUUCAUCCUUGACAUCGUCUUAUGGAAGCUUGUGUUCAGCCGAGACAAACAGGGCAGCUUUGGCGUCACUCCUGUCGCUCCGACACCACAGGGUGCCAUUGACCUGCGAGCGUACAAGUGUCUAUCCCGGCUCUGCUGCCCAAGCAAGAUGGCACCCAAGGCUCGCUACAUGCAUCUGGCCCAGGAGCUCAGUGUGGACCCCGACUGGCCUCCAAAGCCAACCACCACCACUGAAGCCAAGUCCCUCCCAGAAAAUGGCUCCUCCUAUCAAAUAAUGACCAACUCCUAGCACCCCCCACAGCCCCUCACAGUAAAAAAAAAUCUAUCCCUUUCAUAUAGGAGACAUGCUAGCAUCUGACACGUGUUCAUUGAAUGCCGAUCCAAAUGAACUGUCAGAGGAUUAUUGCUUGUCAUUACGGUUCACAGAGACUUGCGUCAAAUACUGUAGUUCCAGAGAUGUUGCAAAAUCCUUAGGUUUGCACAUUAAGGUUAAGUUUCAGUUCUCUCAGCACUCUCUCUGGCACAACCACUCGCACGCUCUCAGGUCUCUCUAAUAAAUAUUAUAUAAACAUCAAUAAUUCCAAAAUCCUAAUUGCAAUUUUUGUUCACCAAAGCUGAGCAGCAUUCAACUUGGGGUAGGCUUGGGGGAGGGGUGAUAAGCUAUCUUCUGACAUUCAUGUGCUGUCAGAAUUGUCAUGUAAUAGCGUCUUCAGAUUUCAUUAGCAACCACAGUACAAGAUGUCAAUUUUAGACAAAGAGUAAAAUUGCGGAAUAUCAUGUCUGAGCCUUUCAGAAUGCUCACCGACAAAAAUAGAAUGCGGAGAAAGGAAGAAACAGAUGCUAACCUAGAAGAGGGGUUGUACUUUGGCCAUCUAGUAUGACCCACUGUUACUUAAACUGCGAGUAAGAUAAUUGGUCAAAAAAGAGUGUGGACGAGUUAAAGGAAGAGGGUGAAAGAAGUUUCAAUGAUCUGAUCGUUUAGUUUUUAAAAGCAGCAGCAAGUCCAAUCUAUGUUCGUGUUUCUGAGCAGCCACCACCUUACUUUCAGGACAUUACACAGUUAGUAACUUGUUUCACAGGUCUACCCUGUUGUAGGUGGUGCAGGCUCUGAUUGCUACUAUGUAGUGGUCUUAAAGUGGUUUUAUACAGUUAAUAAACAUAUAUAGUCAUUUAAUGAGCUAGCAUUACCACCUGGCAAGCACUCAUUGAAUUUAUUGAAAGGAUAGCCCCUUGAGAUCUAGCAUCUCAUUUUCAAGGGGGUCCUAUUUGAGAGCAUGGAAUCAUAACCAAAAAAAAAA